UCAUCAACUAGAUUUAUCCACUCAUGGAAGCGCUUAGCAAAAUGUGACCAUUUUCACACACCGGCAGCAUUUGCUGUUGAUACGUUUGCUGCCCGCCUUCAUCUGCUUUCAUGUCGUUUUUUUUAUUUUGCAGAUUUCAGCCUAAAAUUCAUUAAAGAUAAACGGAUCCCAAUUACCGUUACUGUCGUCAUCACAGCGUUGAUCAUCACCAUAAUUGCACUGGCGGCCAAGAAGACGCCCCCCUGCCCACGCUGCCUGCCCCAUGUCACUGCUGCGUGCCCGGACGGCUGGGUGGGAUACCAAGGGAACUGCUACUACUUCUCAGAGACUGAAGGGAACUGGAACAACAGCCAGAGCCACUGCUCUUCCCUCAACGCCUCCCUGGCUUCCAUUGACUCCGUGCCAGAGCUGAAUUUCAUGCUGCGCUAUAGAGAGAUCCCUUACCGCUGGAUUGGCCUCCAGAAGGAACAAGGCGAGGGCCAGCCCUGGAAGUGGACCAACGGUACCAUAUUCAACAACCUGUUUCAAGUCAGAGGGGAAGGGCAGUGCGCCUACCUGGAUGAUCAUGGGGUCAGCAGCUCCAGGUGCUACUCAGAGAGACAUUUCAUCUGCAGCCAGACGGCUGAGUGCUCUAGAAGGAAGCCAAGUGCCGCAGGAGGGGACACAAUGUCUAAGAUCACUUAAAGGGUCAAUGCAGCCUCUUCAGUGGAUGCAGAACAUAAACAUCAUCAUCUCUUGCAGAGCAUCGUACCUCUCCAACCAUUGCUCCCUCCAGAUCCCUGCUGAAAAACCAUCUUUACAAUGCUCACAACACGAACUACUAAACAGUAACUCCAUUGCAAUGGUACUACUGAACAGGGGUUUUAGGGGCUUAAAUCUAAUAUUCCCUUAAUACGUGAAGUGAAUAAAUUAUUUAGAUUAUGAAGAAUCCCUGCUUUUAUUUAAAAAAGAGUAUGUUUCUAGCUUGCUUGGUUAUGAAUAUACCCUGGCAAAUCAAAUAGAGUCAGCAGAGAGCUUGAAACAAUAACUCAGAGAAGUGCCCCAUUUAAUUAAUUGACACUUUAACUCUGGAACCUAGUGAUGACAGUAACUUCUUUCUUUCUUUUUCCUCUACGCUGCUUUUCCUGGUGAGGGUCGCGGCAGCAGCAUGGAGAGUAGGGAGGACCAGACCUCCUUUUCCUCCGCAACAGAUUCCAGCUCCUCCUGGGGGAUUCCCAAGCAUUCCCAGGCCAGCCAGGAGAUAUAAUCCCUUCAGCUGUUUUGGGUUGGCCUCAGGGCCUUCUCCCAGGGGUACAUGUUCAGUAGAGUUCCAAAGGAAGCCUACCAGGGGCAUCCUUAUUAGUUGCCCAAACCCCCUCAGCUGGCUCAUCUCAAUCUUCCUCCGAUGCCGGUCAUCACAAAGUGUGAUCCAGUCCACCUUGCAAUGCCUCCCUCCAUCUACAGGCUGACUCUGCCAGCCAGCGCGGCAUUCUGCGUUCCUUUCCCAAUCAUCCACCGAGAUUCCAAAGGACACUGAGUCAGCUUUGCAAGCGUCCCGGAAUCGGCGCAGUGAUCUGCCUCUUUCUCUAGAUCAGG